AGGAGAUUUAGUUUUAUCCACACAAGGACCAAACCUAGAGGUCCGCUUCCAGGAAAGGCGAGCCACGCCCCGGGGGCCAGGGGAGACCGUCCGCUCCCUCAGGUGCCCUGACUCCUGAGAUGAAAGGAAGGAUGGACAGUGAAGAAGAGUUUUAGUCGGGUUCAGGUCGCUAAGAUGAAGUUCGGGAAGAGCAUAUGCGUGCUUAAUGUGGGGGGAACCCGGUACGCCUUCACUCGUGAGGUGAUCCGGGAUUUCCCACUCCGGCGCGUCAGCCGCUUACAUGCCUGCGCGACCGAGAAAGAGGUCCUGGAAUUGUGCGACGACUACGACCGGGACCGGAACGAGUUCUUCUUCGACCGCCACGCGCAAGCUUUCGUGUUCAUAAUGCUGUACGUGCGCUCCGGCAAACUCCGGUUUGUCCCCGGAGUCUGUGAGCUGUCCUUCUACACCGAGAUGCUGUACUGGGGGCUGGAGACCGCGCACCUGGACUCCUGCUGCCAGAAGCGCCUGGACGAGAGGAUGUCCGACAUCGGGAUGGACAGUCUCUCAGAGGAGGACAUCAUACUGUCCAGGGAUGAGUGCCUGACUCCGGAGGAGACGGUGCAACAGAUUGCGCUCACCGGACGCGCCAAAUGGCUGGAGAAGAUGCGCAAAACCUUCGAGGACCCGAAUUCUUCCCUGGCGGCGCAGCUUCUGGCUUCGGUGUCCGUGGUUUUCGUGAUUAUUUCUAUGAUCAUGCUGUGUGCCAGCACGCUGCCGGACUGGGAUACGGCUAAGAAGACUACAGUGGAAGAGCACAGGAUAGUGGAGGCAGUGUGCAUCGGCUGGUUUACAGCUGAGUGCAUUGUGCGCUUUCUGUUGGCCAGAGACAAGUGUGACUUCAUCCGCCAUCCGCUGAACAUCAUCGACGCGAUUGCCAUUACCCCCUACUAUGUCACCAUGGCAAUGGCCAGAGCUGGGAUGCCCGGUGCUGGGCUCGGGGUCGGUGGAGUGAUACUGCGCGUGCUGAGGAUGAUGAGAGUGUUCUGGCUCAUGAAGCUGGCCAGACACUUCCUGGGCCUGCAGACUCUGGGGCUGACGCUCAGGCGCUGCUACAGGGAGAUGGUCAUGCUCAUGGUGUUUGUCUUCGUGGCCCUGGCGAUAUACAGCGCCCUGGCACAGUUGCUGGAGUACGGCUUGGAAUUGAACCCGCAGAACCAGGGCUACGCCAGCAUCCCGGCCGCCGCCUGGUGGGUCAUUAUCUCCAUGACUACAGUCGGGUAUGGGGACGUGUAUCCAGAGACGACUUGGGGACGAGUUCUCGGGGGAAUGUGUGUUGUGAGCGGGAUUGUUCUCCUGGCUCUGCCAAUCACUUUCAUCUACCACAGCUUUGUUCAGUGCUACCACGAACUGAGGCUCCGCUCCGCUAAAUACGCACGAAACGUGUCUUCAGAGAUGCUGUAGUGAACCAAAUCAGACGCAAACACAGCAAACCAGAAGAUCUCCUUGUGAAAUAACCAACUGUGUGAACUGCCCUGUCUCCUGGCUUUGUCACACUGCAAAAACACAAAGUCUUACCAAGUGUUUUUGUUUUUUCUAGUGCAAAUAUUUCAGAAGACAACUAACUUACAAGUGAUGUUUCAUUCAGAUCUAGGAGCUGGUUUUAAUACAAUCAUUCUCUAAUAUUGAUUAAAAAAGUACAAGUUAUUGAAUUUAUAACAUGAAAAAAAAUUGUCUUAUAGAAAAAGUACCUUUUAUUUAUUUUAUUUUAUUUACCCAAUCCUAUAUCUGAUUGAAAGGUUACUUGUAAGUCAGUUUCAAGUGUACAAAUAUAUUUGCACUAGAGGCUAGACAAAAAAAAAAAAAAAAAAAAAACUUGGUAAGAUGUUGUGUUUUUGCAGUGCAGCAUUCAAUAUUGUUGCUCUACAUCAGUGGUGUCCAAACGUUUUGCUCUCGGCAAAACUGGCUGAUUUAAACCACUCACAGGCCACAAAAUCCAUUAAAUUAAAGAUGUAAAAUGUAGCUAAUUUUGACUUUUUCUUUUAUCUAUACUUAAAAAAAAUUUUUUUUUAGAAAAUCUGCAAAUCAUUAAAGAUACAAAACAUA